AUGACAGGAGGGUGGGGUUUUUGGGUGAGAGACGGAGUAAUACCUCUGGAAAAGAAGAGUAUCUUCUCGAGAUUGGAACGACCUUUGGCUUCUUUCCUCUUUGCUAGGGGUAUUAGUGCUCCUGAACCCCGCAGCAUCUUUGAGGAGUAG